AUGCAGAGAGAUCGCUUGUUAGGCGAGCAGCCAAGGGAAAAGGCAGCAGCUUGGCCUCAUUUGAACGCGGUCGAAGAAGGAAAAAGGCCAAGCGAGGAAAGAAAAAGAAGAAAAUGGGACCUCAUGAAACAAUUUGCCGAAAAGAAUGUCAAAUCGAACAAGAAGAAGAUCAACAAUCUUCUGAACAAAAUCGACAGCAAGACUAAAAAUUCCCUUCCGCUUCCUGGCCAAAGAAGCAACCAGUGCCUUCCUUUCGACGAGACAGAAAGAUAUCAACGAAAAAUGACCCAGCAAGGUCGACGAAACUCGAGAAUGGACAAGAAAGCGGCCAGAAAAGCCAGUCAGUCUGAGCGAAAAGCUUCCCGACUCUUCAAUGACGAUUUGGUCGAGCGAAAACGUCGUGAAACAGAGCUCAAUGAUGACGACUACGAUUACGACUACGACUAUGACUACGAUUAUGAGUACGCAGAGUAUGACAACUAUGAAGAUUACAUUCUUUACGGAGACCACACUUCCGACUACGACGACGAAUUCGGCGAGAAGAAUCCUGGAGAGAGCAAAGAUGGAGUUAUCGCUUCUAGUCUCAAUGUGCGAGGAAGACGAGGAAAGAAGAAGGGAAAACUUGGGCCAAAACGAAUCUGGUUCAAUAUGCUACAGGGCGCUCGAGGAUUCAUCCUUUCCGACCUGAAAUUCUGCGCAAAUCAGCGAGCUCUCCUCAAACGAAUCGACGGGUUGGAAAAGAAAGUCAAAGUAAACGCGCCAAUUCUGAACCAGCCGCCUCCAAAAUGCAAGGGCAGAAAAUGCAAGAAGAAGGGCAAGUCUGGCUGA